CGACAAGCGUUUGACAGUCUCAGUCAGCAGUGGUGGCGGAACAGACGAAGGAGUAAUCACCGCUGAUCUGCUCUUUGGCGCUUCGGGAGAUUUUUGAGCUCACCAUCUGCAUCCGGGUGAUGUGCUUUUUCCACCACAAGUACUUCUGAACAUUUGGCCCCAGAGCUGUCAGCAGGACAAGGUGAACACCGGCAGGUAUUCACUCGUCCCUUCUGGACCUGCAGGAGCAGUCACGCUGCUGGACGAUGGCGCCGCAAUUCUUCCAGUCCAUCCUCAAUGGAUACGACACCCUCUUCAACAAGUGGGGUGACCCAAGGACAGCAUCCUUGCCGUUGAUGUCAAGCCCUUUCCCAACACUGUUCAUCCUUUUCUGCUACCUGCGGUUCGUAAACAAGUGGGGACCCAAUUUCAUGAAAGACAGAAAACCCUUCAAUGUGGACAGAAUUAUCAUAGUCUACAAUCUGCUCAACGUUCUUGUCAGCGCCUGGCUCUUCUAUGAAGCAUGGGACGGCGCCUGGAAAGAGUAUAGCUACACCUGCGAACCGGUCGACUGGUCAGUCAACCCAAAAACAAAUAGGAUAAUCCGAGCUACAUAUGUCUACUUCCUAGUGAAAGUGAUAGAGUUGGUGGACACGGUCUUCUUUAUCAUGCGCAAAAAGCUGAACCAAGCGUCAUACCUGCAUAUCUAUCACCACACGGGCAUGGUGAUGCUCUCGUGGGGAGGCGUCAAGUGGCUCCCCGGCGGUCACGGUACGUUCCUUGGGUUCAUCAACAGCUUUGUACACGUCGUCAUGUACUCGUACUAUCUGAUCACGUCCCUUUACCCUCAGUACAAACAAAAUAUCUGGUGGAAGAAAUACAUCACUCAAAUGCAAAUGAUCCAAUUUGCAAUGAUCAUCAUUCACUCAAUGCAGCUCUUAUUCCGAGAUUGCGACUACCCAAAGUUUACAGUGCCGAUCGUCGUCUCGCAGAACGCCUACAUGUUCCUUCUGUUCUUCAGGUUCUAUCUAGACACUUACGUCUACAAGAAGAAGCCUGCGCAGCAGAGCAACGGCACUGCCCACUCGGGGGACAUCAAACCCACGACUGGAGGCCCCAAACAAUCUUGAUCUUAAAAGUCGCGAUUAGUUUUAAAUUAAACCUUGUAUUCUCCAGACGCUCAAUAAAUAAUAACAAAAAAAAAAUCAAUUUCAUUCAAAGACUCAUAAAAAACUGUCUAUCACGAAAUUUUUAAACUUGAUAUUUUUAUUGAUUGACUGUGAACAUGAUUGAAUUGAGAGAAGGAAGAAAAUAAGAACUUAAUGUUUAGAUUCCUUGCUUGUAUUCGAAAAUCAUUUCAACCGAUG